UUGUUUUGUUUUAAAAUGCAGGGGGAGGGGGGUGGAGGCUUGGUUAAAGGGGUGUGUCAAAACAAUGCACCCUGCUCCUGUGAACAGUGCACUGUUAGUGUACUGUUGAUGUCCUCUGUAGCAAUUUUCAAAAUAGAUGACUUUGUAAUUGUUUUGUUAAAAUAUCUUCAGUGGAAAAUGGCAUCUAUCAUAACUGGUUCGCAAAAGAUGAUGUAUUGUAGAAAGUUGUUCUUAUUAUCAAACCAGCCACUGAACAGAUACAGCUGUGUAAAAAAACCCAACAAAUAUGGAAAGGUUCUAUGGUCAAAGGGAAAUUCAGAAAGAUUACAUGGACAAUCAGCAGUGAUGCACUUUUCAGUUAGACAUAAUGCUUACAACCUUAGAAAUAGCUUUUAUGUCCUUCAGUGUAGCAAAUAUUCUUCUAAUUCUGAUUCAUCAGAUUUUAAAGAUGACACUCUUGUGAAAUCUUGGGUUAAACAGAUGAGAGAGGACUUUGACCAUGAAGCAAAGGCAUGUGGUGUUAAUGUUGAUGCUGAUGCUGAUCAAAAAUUCAUAAAUGAAGCUAAGGAAAGAUUAGAAGCAGAAAGUGUUGAACAAGGUGAUUCUGAACAAUUGGAAAAACUUGGUUACACUACUGAAGAAUAUUUAGCAAUGUUGAAAGAUACUAGCAUGUCGUCUGGCCAAGGUUUGAAUCCAAGUGAUGGGGAUGAAGAAAAUGAUGAUUUGUGCAGUGACUCAUCCAGCAGUGACAGUGAUAGUGACAAUGAAAGUAGUAGUAGUAGUAGUAGUGAUGAUGAUGACAAUGAUCAAAAUGAUGGUGAUGUUAACAACUCAUCAAAAGUCAGUCCAGGAACUAGAAAUAGUAGGUCUGGAAAAAUAUCUGUCAGUGAGAGUAAAGGAAUCAACAGUAAAGACUCUGUAAACUUUCUUGAUCAAUAUAAUGAGACUAAUGAAAGUGAAAUAAAUAAUAAAUUACAAUUGGAAUCUGAUGAAGAUGUUAUUAUCCUUAAUAGAGGUGAUGGAGUUGUACGAUAUGUUGAGAGAACUGCUGACAGUCACAAGGGAAAUAACAUGUAUGCUGAAAUUGAGGAUAAAAUCGUUGAUGACAUUGAUGAUUUUGAUGUCGGAGAGUCACAAUAUGCUGAUGGAACAGAGCAUGGAGAUUCUUAUGUUACCCUCAUCAAUGAUGAUGAAGAAUAUGAUGGAGAUGUUAUAGAUGUGUCUCAAGUUUCAGUCGACAGAAAUGCUCCAGCAGUGAUUCAAUCUGAAGAAAACCAUCUGUGGUCAGAACUGGAGAUUGAAGACUUUGUGAACAUUGCUCCAGCUGAAUCAGCAGUGGAGCCAGCUUGGAUCCCACCAAUACCACUCACAAGGGGAAAGUCAGGAGUGUUUGACAUAGAAGAGCUGAUCACCCUGCUGGUAUCCAUCAACGCUAAAGAUCAUGUGACAAUACGUAUACCACCCGUGUACAGCUUUUCAGACUACAUGGUGAUAGUGAGUGCUAAAUCCAAGCGCCACCUUAAAGCCAUGACUGAGGACUUGAAAUGGACAUACAAGCAAAAACGAGGUUUGGGAGACAGGCGCUACCUGCGAGUGGAGGGGGCAGACUCUGACUGGGUCGCCAUGGAUAUAGGUAACAUAAUUGUGCACAUGUUUAUGCCUGACGAGCGAGAAAAGUAUGACCUGGAAACUCUAUGGACUGUUGGUGCAGAGUUUGAUCCUCAGUGUACAGUGGAGCGUGAUCCGUACACAUACACCACAAGUGAUCUACCUUGGCUGCAGGAACUUGAGGAUCAGCAAGGGACAAAUAACAUUGGGGCACACCAUGGGGAAAAACUGAAAAAGGAAAUUGGGGAACCCCGUGGAAAAAAGUUGGGUAAAAAGAACAAAAGAGCACCCCAUAUGGAAGUUGACGUUGGGGUACACCAUGGGGAAAUGAACAAUGAUACCCAUCAGACUGAGGAAAUCAUAGAUAAGCAAUCAAGUUCAAAUGAUUUUACAGUGAGGAACAUAAGGACACUUGGUGGGAGGAAAAAGUCCUGGUAAUGCAUGGCAUGUGAUAUUCCAUAUUUGGUAUGCAAAUUCAAUGAAAAAUAAAGUUAAACUUAAAAAUUGAA